CGCAACUGCAUCUUACUACUCAUACAUACCUUAUACAUGUACCGUACCUCCACACCCGGCAAGCGAGCGCGACAAAGGGUCACCGCCUUGAAAUGUGCGAUUCACGAACAACUGCCCCAACAAAAACCACUUAACAGUCUCCUGCUAUAUGUUAUCAUGCCUCCCAUGUCUUGAAUCCUUUGGCGCCGUUUUGGGGUCUCCCUUCAUCCAGUUAUAGAAGCUCAGCCGUGUCGCCGCGAGCCAGUCACAAAGCAACGGCGCACGAGGGGCCCAUCAUCGACAUCAUCACUUUAAAACAAUCACUCGCACCAGAGGCGACUUCUCUUUUUUAUCCAUCUCGACGACAUUUCGAUCUGCUUCAGACACGCCUAGAUUUUCUAUAUGCUUUAGAAAGCCGUUUCGCUUUUUGGCCCCAAUAAACAGUAGAAUUCUCCGGGCUAUGCGAAGUCGGAAGAGCGCAUCGCUUGUAUUAUACUGCCGCCAGAUGACACCCUGAUUACCAUUCACCAGCGCAAUGGGCUCAAUCGGCGAUCUCUCCCCAGGAGGGAGCAUAGCCGUCGGAAUCGUUGUCGGCUUGUUAUCCACCGGUGUGCAAAGCCUUGGGAUAACGCUUCAACGCAAGUCACACAUCCUCGAGGACGAAAAGAGUCCCCACGAUAUACGAAGACCGCCACACCGCAGGAGACGAUGGCAAAUUGGCAUGGGCAUGUUUAUAGUCUCCAACUUGCUGGGUAGUACCGUACAGAUUUCGACGCUUCCGCUCCCAGUUCUCUCGACUCUCCAGGCUUCGGGUCUGGUCUUCAACUCGAUAUGCGCCUCCCUCAUUCUGGGAGAGCCGUUCACACAGUGGUCGAUCGGUGGCACGUUGCUUGUUUGCACCGGUGCGCUACUUAUCGCCAUCUUUGGAGCCAUCCCAAGCCCUCCGCAUACGCUCGACGAGCUGCUCAUCCUGCUCGGCCGCACGCCAUUCGUCGUCUGGAUGUGUUUGCAAGCCGUGCUUGUCAUCGCUGUGGCGGCUGCGACGGAGUCGCUCAAUCAUGUUUUCAAGAAACUAGCGCAGAACCCUAGGUUUCGGCUGGUCCGAGGCUUGGCUUAUGGAUGCAUCAGUGGUAUCUUGUCAGCCCACUCGUUGCUUGUGGCCAAAUCAGCGGUUGAGCUUGUCAUCAAAACUUUGACAGGCGGAAGUAACCAGUUUGUUCAUUGGCAAUCAUGGGUUUUACUUCUUGCACUCGUGACACUGGCCCUAACGCAGCUAUACUAUCUACACCGGGGCCUCAAGCUGGUCUCCACGUCGGUUCUAUAUCCAUUGGUGUUCUGCAUCUAUAACAUCAUCGCCAUCCUAGACGGUCUCAUUUACUUCGACCAAAUGAACCAGCUUAGCCUGAAGAGUGCUCUACUUAUAGCAUUGGGCACUUUCAUUCUGCUGUCCGGUGUCUUGGCACUCUCUUGGCGUCUCAGCGAUGAGCAGCAUCCGCCAGCUGUCGGUCAGUCUACACUUGCUCCAGGGCUUGGCCUAGUCGAGGAUACGGAUGGCGAAGAAGACGACGAGGAAGGUCUCCUACUCGGCUCGGACUUUGGAGGCGUUGGGGACGAGGAUGAUGUCCCAGCGUCGAGCACUUACACCACAUACCAGAGGGUCGGGAGUGAACGCAGACCAUCGCUGCUCGCAAUAGGAGAUCGACCAAGGCCUCUGUCCUUGAAUCUCACACCAACAAGGAAGAAGACGUCUUACUCCUCGAAGCGUACGAGCUGGGCCGAACGUGUCGAAAUUUGGGGCGAACUCGAGGACCUCGAACGACCUGCAUCUCCAGCCUUUAGCAGAAGUCGGAGCCACACACUACCUUCCUUGGCCGGUGGAUCUGACAUGCCACCUCGCAGAGGGUUCAGUAGCAGUAGUCCAUUUAGUCCCGGCGGCGCGGCAGUUUCUGAGGCCGCCGAGGACGCAGGAGAUGAUGCGGAUACCGAGGCCCAGCAUGGCCGUUUGCGGUUGCGUCGCAGGAGGCGGUCCACCGGAUUUCCAGGAUUUCAUGCUAGGAAGACUAGAAGGAAGAGUUCAGGGGGGAUCCAAGACGCUAUUAACGGGCUCUGGAGAAAUAGGUGGUGGAAUACGUCAUCUGGGUCGAAGGGUAAAGGCCCUGCUGCCGAUCCACAAGGGGAUGACACGCCUGCUUUCCCCCCUUAUAGGGAUGAUCCUGAUGAUGAAGAACAGGGUGGGCCAAGUCCGAAAAGUCCGAGCUCUUCGAGACGUGACGGGCCACCGGGGAACGAUCCGAGCGUAUAAAUUUUGACUAUGAGCUGGAGUAGGCGUUUAAUUUGAAAUGCUUUAACAUCUGUACUGGUGAUGGUUCCAUGUUGUCAAAGUCAAAGUCUGAUUCGUUGCCUUUGUUUCAACUUGCUCCUUAAGUUAUGGCUUCAUCAAUAUAGACUACGACUAUAGUACGACUUGCUCCGAGUUUGUUCAUUUCUUCCUGACUAAGACCACUGGCUCACCGUUCUUUACCUGAACGCAUACCUUACCCGACUCAUCAGAUGUGUAUGUACCGCUACCGAAUUUGUCCUCCCAAGUGGCAGUCACCCCACGCGUGUCGAAGCACUCCUGGCCGUUGAAACCAGAGCCCCGAUUUGUGGUCAAGACCACCACGCCCCCGCCAUCACGACUGAACGCGUACGAAUUCUUAUUGACGAGCAGGUGAAUUUGGUCGUCAGCGGGGAGCCCACCGGCGCCGGCUCGCACGCCCGACAGCCGCGAGAUGGCGCGGUAGAGGUCCCCGUCG